AUGAGAUCUCUCGACAUUUUUGUUGGAUGGCUCUUCAGCCUGCUUUCUCUGAUCCGAUAUCUCAGGGGGAAGAAGUUGGCUCUUGUCGACAUUACUUCCCCUGUCAGCAUUCCCGACGUGGAGACCAGUUCCCCUAUACUCCCAAGCAGAAGUUUUGUAGGGAAUCAAAACCAAUUAGCUCCGCCCACUCCCCCAGAGUCGGACAAAGGCGACGAUGAAUGCGAUUAUUUGGAAGGUAUACCGCUUCCACCACCAUCGGUAAACCCAACAAAGGUCCUCGAUGUUGAUAUUGGAACGCCCGACGCACACGUCCCCAGGGACCCCAGAUUGAUACGAUUAACGGGAGUGCAUCCAUUUAAUGUCGAACCACCUCUUCCGACAUUGUUUGACUCUGGCAUGUGUUUGGCUCCUCCAAAAAUUUCGAAUAUAGGGCUAACAUAGCGAGUAUAGGAUUUUUGACACCUCCGGAACUCUUUUAUGUCCGGAACCAUGGAGCCGUUCCGGAAGUUCAGGAUCACCAAAUGAUGGACUGGUCAAUAACAAUCGAAGGGUGAGUCAGGAUGCGAUUCUUGCGCAUGACCAAAUGGAUACAAUGGGCUAACAUUGAAUCUUGCGUAAAAAAAAGGUUGGUAGCCAACCCUCUGACUUUGACCUUACGCCAAAUCAUCAACGAUUUCGAACAGGUUACUCUUCCCGUCACUCUCGUCUGUGCCGGUAACCGUCGGAAGGAGCAGAACCAGGUUCGCAAAUCCCAAGGCUUCUCAUGGGGUGCGGCGGGUGUCUCCACAUCGCUCUUCACGGGCCCACUUCUAGCAUCCAUUGUUGCCGCUGCAAGGCCCCAAAGGAAUGCCAGAUAUCUCUGCAUGGAGGGUGCAGACGAACUCCCAAACGGCAACUACGAGACUUCCGUCCGUCUUUCCCAAGUAUAUGACCCGAACCGCGGGAUCAUGCUUGCUCACAAAAUGAACGGGGAUGAGCUUCGCCCUGAUCACGGACGCCCCCUCAGAGUGGUGGUUCCAUCCAUGAUUGGUGGGAGGUCUGUAAAGUGGUUGAAGAGACUUAUACUCACGGAAGGUCCGAGUGAGAAUUGGUAUCAUAUCUACGAUAACAGAGUUCUGCCAACUAUGGUCACACCAGAGAUGGCCAAGGAGAACAAGGGCUGGUGGACGGAUGAGCGGUACGCGAUUUACGAUCUUUCUGUUAAUUCAGCGAUCGCGUAUCCCGCGCACGACGAACAACUGUCGCUAGGGGCGGGGGGGGAGGAAUACAAUAUGAGAGGGUACGCCUAUGCUGGGGCUGGGAGGAGGAUUACUCGUGUUGAAAUUUCCCUUGAUAAAGGCCGAAGUAAGUUUUCCCCAAUACUUACAAAAAAUAUACAUAUUUUUCGUCAAAUGCUAAUAUAAUUGCCAUCUCCGCAUUCAAGGCUGGAUUCUAUCCUCGGUAGAAUAUCCCGAAGACCUGUACCGAUCUGUUCCUGAAGGCGCCACUCUAUUUGGAGGUCGUCUCGAUUCUGGCUCAAGAGACGCCUGUUUGUGCUGGUGCUUUUGGUCCCUGGAUAUUCCGAUCUCGGGCUUGUUUGAUGCGGAGGAUAUCGUUGUCAGAGCGAUGGAUGAUAGCAUGAACACCCAACCUAGAGAUACUUAUUGGUCGGUAUUGGGCAUGAUGCACAAUUCAUGGUUCAGGGUCGCAAUCCGCAAGGAAAGCGGUCGUAUUAGAUUUGAACACCCAACCCAACCAGCGCUGCGGAAGGGUGGAUGGAUGGAAAGGGUGAAAAAUGAAGGGGGUGAUCUAUUGGGCUCCAAUUGGGGUGAGAAGGUGAUGGGACAGGACUCUGCUGCUGAUGCAACUGUCAAAGCCCCCAAAAUCCGCGAUGUUGUGAAGAUGACGAACGAUUGCGUCAAGAGGACAAUCGAGAUCGAGGAAUUCAGAAAUCAUGACAAUGCCACCGAUUUAUGGUUCGCCGUUGGGGGGGAGGUGUACGAUGGAAAGCCUUUUCUCGAGGGACAUCCGGGAGGAGCGACGAGCAUCAUAUCCGCCGCGGGACAAGAUGCCACCGAUGAGUUUUUGGGGAUCCGUGAGUAAUUACUUUUCCAAUUCAGAACCAGGGAGCUAACGCUCUAUCAGAUAGCGAGAGCGCAAAGGCAAUGAUGCCAAAAUACCACGUCGGUACGCUAAGUCCCGCAGCGCGUGAGGCUCUUCUUGAGCAGGCCACAUCAGCCGAGAAGGGCCCCUCAGAAACGUUCUUGGAUCCUCGAGCAUGGUGCCAGGCAACCCUCGUGCAGAAAAAAGUGGUAUCAUGGGAUACUAGAAUAUUCACCUUCGAACUCGACAAUCCUACGCGGACACUGGGUCUUCCCGUCGGGCAGCACCUUCUCAUCAAGAUACGGGACGAAGUGACGGGAGAGGUUAUCACCAGGCCGUACACUCCCGUCUCAAGUAACACGGAAAAGGGCGUUGUUCACGUACUCGUGAAGGUCUACUUCGAUACGCCAACUACCCCAGGUGGAAAGAUGACACAAGCUAUGGAUAGAAUGCGUAGGUUUCCUCUCUCUCUAUUAUGUAUUCCAACUACUGCUUUGUUUCUAACUCGAUAACAGAAAUGGGUCAUACCGCUUCCUUCAAGGGUCCCGUUGGCAAACUUGUAUAUCAUGGACAGGGUGUUGUCUCUCUCCUUGACAACCGGAUCAAUGUCACAUCGUUCCUUAUGAUAUGUGGUGGAAGUGGAAUAACUCCCAUUUUCCAAGUUCUCAGGGCAGUUCUUUCCGACCCUAAGGAUUCUACAACAUGCGUUGUCCUCGACGGCAACAGAACGGAGGAAGAUAUUCUGUGCCGAGAGGACUUAGAUUCGUUCGCAGCGACAUACCCGGGAAGGUGUAAGAUUGUCCACACUCUUACGGACCCUUCUGAGCGGUGGCAGGGUGAGAGGGGCAGAAUUGGGUGGGAUCUGAUCGAACAGAAUUAUCCACGGGGCGGCGAGGGUCGUAAACCCUUAACGCUGAUAUGUGGGCCCGGACCAAUGGAGAAGGGCAUUAAGGAGCUGCUAACAGCUGCCGGGUGGGGGGAAAGUGAUAUGGUGUUUUUCUAGAUACUUCUGCUUUUUGUCGAUGUUAGACAUAUUCCGUAGAUUUGGGCUUACGGUCUCGGUUUUUGACCCUUUCUUGCCAAUAUUGGAUAGCGAUUAGAAUUGAAGGCGUAA